AUGAUACUCCAAACACGGUGUCUCUGUGGUGGACGUUCGUCGCCCAGAAUUGUGCUCCAUUUCCUUCGAGUUCGACCGCCGCCUCUCGUCUUUCUCCGCAGAGCGCACACGUCGAAGACGUCGAAAAGGCAAUAUGGUGAAAUCACUAUACCCGAAAUCGACGCUAAGUGGCUUGGGCGCUGGGAGGAUACACCUCGUACUUUCCAAUCACCUUCGACAUCGACUAAACCACCAUACUACGUGCUCUCGAUGUUCCCUUACCCAUCUGGAACACUUCACAUGGGACAUCUUCGAGUCUACACGAUCUCAGAUGUCGUGGCCCGGUAUAAGCACAUGAAGGGCUUUAACGUCCUUCAUCCAAUGGGAUGGGAUUCUUUCGGCCUUCCCGCCGAAAAUGCAGCCAUCGAACGAGGGGUGGACCCUGCUGAGUGGACGGACCAGAACAUCGAGACGAUGAAGACUCAAUUGAAGCGUAUGGGGGCCCGGUUUGAUUGGAGCAGAGAGCUACGCACGUCAUCACCGGAUUUCUACUCGGGAACGCAGAAGCUUUUCCUGGAGCUUUACAAGGAAGGAUUGGCGUAUCGCGCACCCGCGCUCGUCAACUGGGAUCCUGUGGACCAGACGGUUCUGGCUAACGAGCAGGUAGCAAAGGAUGGAACGUCUUGGCGGUCCGGAGCUAAGGUUGAACAGAAAUAUCUGGAACAAUGGUUUUUUAAGAUCACUAGGAACGCACCUUUCUUGAGACAUAGUCUCGAGAGUCUGAGGGGCAAGUGGCCAGACUAUGUUAUUCGUCAGCAAGAAAACUGGAUCGGGGAAAGUAGUGGUUCGCGAGUCAAGUUCCCUCUCAGGAUAGCAGACGCAGACGGCAGCUCGCAUGAGGACGCUUUGAAGAUAUACACCACUCGAUUGGAUACCAUAUUCGGGGUCCAAUUUUUGGCCUUAUCGGUUACUCACCCUCUAGUCCAAAAGUUUUCGGAAACAGACCCAGAACUAAAGGCAUUCGUUGACAACAUUCCGAAUCUACCAGUUGGAACGAAGGCAGGGUAUUUACUAAGCAAUGUUAAGGCCUUUAAUCCAAUCCUACAAGAGACGGCAGAAGACGGGACGUUAUUACCUGCUGGAAACUUCGAUCUGCCAGUCUUCGUGGCACCAUAUGUGCUGGGGGGACUGGGAACCAGCGCGGUCAUGGGGGUUCCUGCACACGAUCAACGUGACUUUGACUUCUGGCAGGAGAAUUGUCCUGAGCAGCCAGUUAGGUUCGUGAUUGUGCAGCAGGGUGCGAAGGAUAGAAUGGUUGAACCGCGGGUGGUAACUUCAACCACGAACAAAAUAUUCGCACCAGGUAUUACUAAAAGUUUUCUAAACGAGAACUGUGGGCAAUAUGCAGGGUUGAACUGUGUAGUUGCUCAUCAACAGUUGUUUGCUACGCUGAAGGAACGAGGCAUGGCUCUGCCGUCUAAGAGGUUUAGGAUUCGGGAUUGGUUAAUAUCACGGCAGAGGUUUUGGGGGACACCGAUUCCAAUCGUGCAUUGCGGUUCUUGUGGCUCUGUACCUGUCAAAGACGAAGAUCUACCGGUCUUGUUGCCGAAGAUUACGCUGACAGGCAAAGGAGGAAGUCCGCUGAAGCAAGCGGAGGAAUGGGUGAAAACUACGUGUCCAAAAUGCGGAAAUCCUGCGGAGCGAGAUACGGAUACGAUGGAUACGUUUGUUGAUUCGUCGUGGUAUUUCAUCCGGUUCGGAAUGGAUCCGGACCCUAAGCAUAACCUGAUGCCUGUAGACAUCUACAUUGGCGGGGUUGAACACGCCAUCUUACAUUUACUAUAUGCACGGUUUAUUUCGAACUUUCUAGAGAAGCGAACGGGUGAUUCACGGUAUCUUGAGCCGUUUAGGCGGCUUAUCACGCAAGGCAUGGUUCACGGGAAAACCUAUCAAGAUCCGCAGACCGGAAAGUUCUUGAAGCCUGAUGAGGUGGAUGUUAUUGAAGGUGGGCCGGCCUUUGACAAGAAUACCUUUGUAGAGGUGGAUAUCACGUAUGAGAAAAUGUCGAAGAGUAAGUAUAAUGGCGUGGAUCCAACCGAAUGCUUGAAUAAGCAUGGUUUGGAUGCAACGAGAGCACACAUACUCUUCCAAGCACCAGUUGCAGAUAUUCUUGAUUGGGAUGAGGCAAAGAUUGUUGGCAUGCAGAGAUGGUUGGCGAAAGUUCGAACUUUGGCAGCCAGGGCGGAGGUGGAAGUGGAAUUUCACCGAACUACUGGAUCCUACUCGAAGGCUAUUGUUGCCGAAGACUCGGAUCAAGCUGCAUCGGAUUUGAUGAGGGAACUCCAAUCCGCGGUUGCAGGUGUCACAUCUUCAAUGGAGGACGUGUACAGCUUGAACACCGCUAUCAGCGAUUUGAAUAUUCUGACAAAUUAUAUCCACGGUAUUACCCCGGAGUUAGUGGGACCGGAGGUAUACGUUUUGGCAGUGGAGACUUUGUUGAAGCUCAUGUCGCCGAUAUGUCCUGCUAUUUCGGCGGAAUGCUGGGAGCACAUGCAUGGACCCCGGAGUCUCUUGGAGGAACAAAAGUGGCCGGAGGAGGAACAAUUCGAGGUCAAAGAGGUGAAAGACUCGGUAGAUAUCAUCGUGCAUGUUAAUGGGAAGUACAAGUUGACGUUGAGGGAUCAGGCGAUUGGGUGGGCGGACGAAUAUGAUGUACAGGAAUGGGUUUAUGAUAAGGUGCUUGAGACGGAGGAAGGAGAUAGGCUUUUGAGUGAGAGGGAAGUGAAGAAUGUGAUUAUUGUGAGGGCGAAGAACCUUGUAAAUAUAUUGACGAAGUAG